AUGUCUCGCUACUUUCCUCAUGCGGCAUACGCAGAGGACCAGCCCCUCGCCGGCACAAUACUCACAGUCCACGUUCUGACUCGUGGCUACACCACCGGCGCCGUAAUGGGUCUCGGCGCGGCGGCAGUGGGUGGAGUCUACAGCCGGGUUCGCGGCGCGAAGCCCCUGCCAGCCGCAGCCCCGUUCCCCACAUCAACGACGACAACACUACGAACCGCUGGGGUGCACAACCUACUCCGCUCGUCAGGCACAGCCAGCGCCGUCGGCCUGGGGUUCGCGGGCGUCGCCCUGUUGGCGAGGAUGCACGGGCGCGAGGACAUUGAGUUGCGCGAUCGCGCGUGGCGGCUAAUGGAGAGCCGGAGUCAGUUGGAGACGGACGACUGGACGUAUGGCGGUGCGGCGGCGGGGCUUGCAGCGCUUGGGAUCGCGAGAGCGGCGGCGGGGCAGGCGGUCGGUUUGAGGGUCAUUGCCGGUGCGGCUGGACUGGGGAGCGUUGCGGCUUUGCCAGUCAAGAUCGCGCAGUCCAAAGAAAUCUCCAACUGCGAGAUCUGCCAGCGAAUCUGGACCCGGAUUGAGGAGGCGUUUACCGGCGACGGAUCACACGCUUUCAUCAACAUUGACUCCUUUCAAGAGGCCCUCUCCUCUAAAUGUAGCAGACACUUGCCCAUGGUCGAGAUGUUCCACAAACGAUGCAACAAGCCGAGUCCAUUCCCCAGCCGCGAAUCAAACGACGUGGGCAUCGGGUUCCCUCGAGUAGGCGAGAUCAUGCGCGACAGGUCGAAUCUCGACUCCUUCUCGAGCCUGAUCUGCAACUACAACCAGAGGUCACCGACCUGCGACAAGGAUGCCCUUCCGAGUAUCAGCGGUUUAUUGAACGACAUCAGCCGGUACUUCUGGGGUGGUUUUCUAUAUGGAUUAACGGAAAUGUACUUUGAAGCAGCCCUCAGCUGGGAGCCGUACUGGAGCCACACCGAACUCCGACGACGGCCGCCUCCGCCCGUCCUGAUGCGAGCCAGCUCGUUCCAUGCGAUCUUCCAUUCUGGUCCUGGGUGGGAUGUGAAGACCUCGUCUCCGUCGGACGCAAUGAAGCAGGCCCGGCGAACCCGCGGGGUUGGGGUGCUGCGGCUGUACAACAAAGGAUCCACUUCUGAGCUUUCCCCAGCUAGAAGCUGUGCAAAGAAGGUCGAGCUGGUCGCCACAUGCCUCAGACGGAACUACAAAAUCACCUUUGACAAGAGGAUCUAUGGCUAUACGCGCCCCCUCACGGCCACAGAGGUCUACAUUGUGCUAUGGGUGGAGUAG